GAGCCUCAGUUUGUAUCUCUCUCACACACUCCCUCUCGUACUCUUUGAUCGCCAUCGCCACGCUCGUCUUUUCUCUUUUGUCGUCGCAAUUCUGUUUUCUAAGGGUCUCAGAGCUGUAUUUGCUUUGUAGCGUUUUUGUAUCUAAGAUGAUGCAGAAUAUAAUUUCUUGGUUGAACGCCGCUGCGUCAGGACCCUCGGAAAUGGCUGCCGACCACGGGAACAUCCAUAUUGUGAAUAAUACUGUAGAGUGGAAGACUAAGUUGGACGAGGCGACGAGCUCUGGAAAAAUUGUUGUAGUCGAUUUCACUGCAACAUGGUGCGGCCCUUGCCGUAUGAUGGCUCCAAUUUUCGCUGACUUGAGCAAGAAGUUUGAGAAGCUGCUCUUUCUGAAGGUCGACGUCGACGCAGUUCAGGAGGUCACUCAAGAGUGGGAAGUUCGUGCAAUGCCCACUUUCUUGUUCAUCAAGGAUGGGAAACUGCUCGACAAGAUUGUUGGUGCCAACAAGGACGAGCUCGAGAAGAAGUGCAACCAAUACGCUAGCCAGCCUGUUGUUGCCACUGCCUGAGAAUCAUGGUUGUAUGUAAUGAUGUGCUCGACUUCCUAAGAAGGCAUAUAUAUAUAUAUAUAUAUAUAUAUAUGUAGCUACUGCACGUUUGGUUUUUUCUGUUAGGCUUGCUUAAAUCCUCACUGUUUACCUAAGGGUGUAUAUACGACUGUGUUUGUAAGCAAGGUGCAAAAUAAAGGAUCACUAUUACUAUA